GGGGCCCUGCAUUGUAAGAACCCUCUAUUCCUUGAGUAGUGCCCACCAUAGUCAAGUCUCUCACACACACCCAAAAAAACAGAAGUUCCUUUUUCCCUUCGUCUCCAUUGCCCAUUGGUACUAGUAGUCAGACAUUAACGUGCCUUAGUGAAACACCCACCCAUCUCUCUCUCUCUAGAAACCCAGAAAAUUUCUUGCUUCCAAGCUUCUCCCACUUUCUUCUUCCCAUCCCAUCCCACUCAAGCAGAAUCUGAUUCUUUUUUUCCCUUAGAUAGAGAACAAACAAUUCAGAAUUGGCCAAAGGAGAUUGCUUGUGUGUUUCCUCCGAUCUACACCCUAUUUUUCUUACUCAGAUACAUGUAUGAUAGGAUGGGAAACUGAGUUUUGUUCGCUUUUGAUUUAAAGCUAACGAGCAAACAAUGGGGAGUAUUACACCUGAGGCUCUGAAAGAUGAUUCUGAGCUUGAAGAUUCAUUGAGCAUUAAUGAGAAUCUUCCUGUCUUGUUGAGCCAGAAAAGACAACAGCAAUGUAGUUUAGUUUCAAACAGCGGAAAGUGGCUACACCUCGUCAAAAACGGUCCCAGAGGGUCAUUCUCUCGUGCCACUAGCUUCUUUGAUAGCAAGAUCCCAAGGCAUUUGGUGUCCCUAGACGAGAAGUAUCUCCGUAGAUGCCUUGAAUUGAUUAAUAUCAGCGCCUUUAAGCCCUCAGCUAGUUGCAGCCUCUCUAUGAUGAGUUCCUCAUAUCACUUUGACUCAACUAUCAUCCCCAAAGAGAAUGUUGCUCGUCUUCUCUUUGAUCUUCCCUUGGUUGAUGAUUCAGGGAACGUUGUGAUUAGCCCUGUGAUCACAGGUUGCAAGAGGGUUACGCAUAUGAUUGAUAAACCAUUGUUACAGAAUCUUGAAGCAGUGGAUAGUGGUGAUACAAAUAGCAGGACAAGCUCAGUGAUCUCUUCUCCCUCUUCUUCUUCUUCUGAGCAGUCUUCUUCAUGUUGGUCUCCGUCUUCAUCAACAGUUUCUCAAGGAACGCUUCAGUUCACUAUGAAAGACAACAAGACGCCUUGUUUUGUUUUCUCAUUGGAUGAUCAGAAAGAGUUCUAUGUAGCUACCUUGAGCAAUACUUGUAGUGUUGGUUUUGACCGUAGUUCUCUAGACUAUUCGUACAUGAUCCAUUUGAAGAAAGGGCGUGUCUCUGAACUGGUUGGUAGACUAAAGGUAUCAACUCUGUUCUCUGUCUCGUCCACUAAUGAGAAAACCGUAGAGAGGCAGUUUGUUCUGUUCGGUAACGGUGGGAAUCAGCAGUUACCAUGCCACAAUGAGAUCAGGAAACACAGAGGACUGUCUAAGAAAGUCGUUGAUGCGCUCAAACGAGGUUCAAGGCAAAGAAGUAUCUCAAGAUGCAGUAGAACAAGCUCCAUAGCUGAUUUUAGCUCUUGGGAGCCGUUUCAAGAACCAGAACAAGAUCUUGAACCCGUGAGUUUGCUAGAUGACGAGCUUCCACCUAAUCUUGAAGCCUCAGCUGUUGUUGUGAGAGAGAGGUUUCUCAAGGAAGAAGAUGAGGAAGAGAAAGGGACUGGAGGGUGGGGCAUGAAGUUUCUCAAGAAGACCCCCUUGGCUAGAAGAACCAAGAAGGCUUCUGAAAACUCUAAGCAAAUGAGCAUUGAUGUUGUGAUUCCUUCAGGGAUUCACGGAGGGCCAAGAAGCAGAAACGGCGGUGGCGGUCCUUCGAGCUUGGUUGAGAGAUGGAAGUCUGGAGGAAGCUGUGAUUGCUCUGGAUGGGACUUAGGUUGUCCUUUGACCGUCUUUAAAGGUCAGGCUAGAAAAGAUCAAAGUGAAGGUCAAUGCAAUCUUUUUGAGCUCUUCACAGAGGGAUCAAAGCAGGGGAUACCUGGACUGAGGAUCAUGAGUGUAAGAGAAGGUCUUUACUUCGUCCAGUUUCAAGCAAAGAUGUCUGUUUUGCAAUCUUUUUCAACGGCUUUGGCAUACGUUCAUAGCCAGAGCCAGAGACUUAGGCCAUGGUUGUCAGGGAAAGUGUGUAGAGAAGCUUAACUAAGCUAAAGAGAGAUUGCACAAAGUAAAAAAAAAAAGAUAGGCACAAACUCAGCCUUCGUAAUUUCAGCAGGUUCUUGAGUUACUAUUAUUAUUUUUUUAAAAUUUAUUUGUUUUCUAUUUAAUAUUUUUUUUAUAGAAAAAAUGUUUCAUUACUAAGAAAUCAUAUGUAAGUUUGGUGUGUUUUUUGUUGGUGUGAAAUGUAAAUUCUGACUUUCGAUUUUGACAACUAUGAUGUUCUGGUU